CCUUGGACUGCUGACAUGAGACAUGAGAGGAUGCUUGCAAUGGAGAAACUUCUCUCCAUUGCGCCAUGAACCUUCUCCUUGCCGCGAUCUCCAUUUCACCACAAACCUUUUCCUUGAGAGAAUCCUUGCAAUGGAGGCCAUUCUUUCUGCGAUCAUGAGCAACCUCCUGAGCAGAGCCCUAUCCAUGGUGAUCCAGAGGUACAAGAGGUCAGAAGAGGCAGAGCACAAGAUCCAGCGGCUGCAGCGCGUGCUGCUCCGGGUCGACUCAAUGGUGGAGGAGGCCGAGGGGCGGCACAUCACCAAUCAGGCGAUGAUCCGGCAGCUUGAGAUGCUCAGGCAAGGCAUGUACGGGGGUCACUACAUGCUCGACACCGUCAAUUACAGAGGCCAUGACGAGGUGAGUGGUGGCCUCCCUGUUGCCCUGCCUAGAUUCAGUUCAGCCAAGCGGCUCCCCUCCUUUCCCGGCAGCAGCAGCAGCAAUGGAAACCGGCAGAACACCGAGAGCCUGAAGAAUCUGGAGAAGAUGCUCGACGGCCUCGAGACGUUGGUGGGCGACAUGCUGGAAUUCGCCGUGUUCUCGCGGGGAUACCCUCGCAUAUGCCGGCAGCCGUACGGCACGUACUUGAUUCUUGGCAACGUAAUGUUCGGCCGGCAGAUGGAGAUGGAGACGGUCAUCAACUUCCUGCUCCGGCCAGAAUCCCCCGCUGGCAAUGAAAACCCCGGCGUGCUUCCGAUCGUCGGCGCGGCGAGGAUCGGUAAGAGCACGCUUGUUGAGCAUGUCUGCCUUGAUGGCAGGGUGCGCAGCUACUUCUCAUCCAUUGUUCUCUUCACCGGAGAAGACCUGGGUGCUUUCAGAGGCAGUGCUGUGAUCAAGCACCAAGAUGUCACUGCUCCUUCACAUGGGAGGUCACUUGCCGUCAUCGAGCUAGCUGGGGACAUCGACGAGGCGGCAUGGAGGAGGCUGUACUACUCGGCAGCAAGCAGCAUGGGGCAUGGGAGCAAGAUUGUAAUCACAAGCAGAUCAGAGGAGGUAGUUGCUCUUGGAACAACCGAGGCUCUCAGACUGAAGGCUCUGCCGCAAGAAGCUUACUGGUACUUCUUCAAGGCGCUCGCAUUCGGAAGCGCGAACCCCGAUGACCAACCAAAGCUCGCAUCCCUGGCCAUGGAGAUCGCGGAGCUGCUGAACGGUGCGUUCUUGGCAGGAAACAUAGUGGCAAGCUUGAUGAGAGCCAAUCUGAACGCCGAGUUCUGGCUCAGGGUGCUUCAGUGCUUGAGAGGCUGCGCAAGGAAGCACCUGCUCAUGUUUGGCAAGCAUCCUAACAGGCUCUUGCAGCAAGGGCGGUAUGUGUACACUUGGAGGAGGGCCAGGACUCGCGACGUCGUCACGGUAAUCUGCAACCCGUAUCAGAAGCCAUCUCCCCAGGACGAUGUCCCUGAGGUAACCGUACAAGAUAUUCUAUCAGGACGCUCUACGCGUCAGGGAAAUUUCAGUGCUGUGGCAUGGAGAUCAGCCGUUCCCCCCUACUACACCUACUUUGCAAGCUGCGCGUCCCAGACGGCCGGAUGCUCUACGGUCAACAAGAAGCGCCCACGGCAUGCCAUGGUGUGAUGUUACCUUUUUCAGGCAAUAUCACUCUUCAAAUACACACACUAACAGAGUUUAGCUGUAACCCUGUAAUGUAUGGCUUUGAUCAGAUUAUUCGCAUACAUAAGCGUAUUACUAUAUAUAAAAUGCUAGUAGUGUCCAGAUGCUAAGCUGAAAUCAUGUACGGUUUCGAUCAGGCUAUCUGCUUACAGAGUUACAGGAUGAGCCUUAGGCCCGUCCACAGAGCAUAGCCACCAGAUUCACAGGCAAUGGCCAGUGGCCACCAUCUGAAAUCUUGAUAGUGCUUCAGCUCAAA